GGGGAGCACCGUUACCUCAGGCAACGGGAGUGCGGAGGGCGCCGGGGCGGGACUUCCCCGUCGCCUGACGCGACCCGGAAGUGGAGGCGGAGAUAAGAACUUAGAAGAAAAAAACCAAAGAGGCUAUGUUCAGCUUCUUCCGAAAAAGUCAAGAUUCAAAGAAGGUUACAGUGCCAGAAAGAGAAGCAGAUGGAUUUGUUAUUGUGGGUGACACAACUGAUGAUGAAAGUAGAGAGUCAAAGGAUAAAACUUCAUUUCCAGAGACCAGGCCAAUGUACAACCAACCUCCACAGAUAAAUACAGGGCACCGAUCGCAGUUGACUGUAUCAAGUGCAGAGGUGGGAAAUGAAAGAAGUCAAAAUUUGGAAAGCAGCCCUUUCAUGUCAGAUCUUCUGAGUGACGUACCCUUUGCCCUAGCACCACAUGUGUUAGCAGUACAGGGCACCCCUAAUGAUGUUCCUGACCGAUUGAUCACCUACGACAUCAAUGAUAAUUUAUCAAGAUUUUGGUACGACUUUACACUUGAAAAUUCAGUGCUUUGUGAUCCAUAAUGUUUUCUUUGUUUUUUCUGCUCUGUCAAGGAACAAGUCUUAAGGUAAAGAUAAAGACUUAUUUCAAUUGACUUCGUAUUUUGGGGGCCUGCCACUAGUAUAUCAGAUGCACUGCAUCAAAAGGAUUAUUAUUGACAAAAGUGUUAUAUUUCUUAGCUUUAAGCGAACUGUAACUUACUAUGUUAAAUAUUCUGUUUAUCUCCAAAGAAAUCAAACAAAACUAUUUCAGCCUGAGCAGGAGACUGGCUGCUGGUAUCUAUUUCCAGUAGGUAGGCCGCAGACACAAACAUUUCAUAACUUUAAGAUGAAGUCUACACACCUCUGUGCUGUUUUGUUAUUUCGCUCAGAUAAUAAACACAUCGAUGCUGUUACACGUGUUAAGAACACCUCUGAUUUUCUACAGAUAGAAACCAGUAUUAAUGCUAAAGCAACGCUGCUCUGCAUUACUGUACAGACAGCUUUUCAGUUAGACCAAGUUUUAAAACGCAGAGUUAAUUCUGUGUACUUAAAUAAUUAUGAAGACUUAAUAGAAUUGAUUAAACUUACCAAUUUCUACGUGUAAAUCAGUUGCUCCACUCCCUUUCCAGUAGAUGGUAUUUUUGUACAUCUCAUUUUGUGCCUGGAGAAGUCCUCCCCGCCUGCCUGUUGGCUGCUGUUUGUUCUCAUUACCACAUGUGUGCCUGAUUUAUACACAGAUCAGCUUUUCCAUUUUAACCUCUUUGCCCCCUGAAGAAGGAAAUCUCAGGACACGUACUUUUAAUGGUCACACCCUUCUUUUUUUAAUUUGUGUGCCAGAGAUACAGAUGGCAAUGUUUAACAACAGGAAAACAUUACAUUGUUUCUUAUCCAGCUAAAUUAAAUGGCUAAGUACCUAAACAUGCCUUCUCACAGGCCACUGUGUCCCCUGCUCACAAGCUCUGAGCAAGUUUUUCCCAACUAAAACCAGAGCUGCUGUUGCAUGAGCAACAGCUCUCUGAUGUAACAUCAUGAUUUGUGAUGAAUAAGGAUCUGUGUCACACAGAAGACUACACUUGUUUUCUCUCUUGGGGUAGAAUAUUUAUGUUGUGCCAAAUGUUAGUGGAUAUUUCCACAUAUUUUCUAUGCUUUGUGAUAGCUUAAAAUACAUACUUUUUCAGACUUGCAUCCUCUUGUAGUAUUGGAGAUAAAUACUGUAAAAGAUGGAGAAAUUACAUUGUGAAUACAUUGUAGACUGUUAAAUAUUCAUGGUUUAGAUUUUUUUAAAUGUAUGUAUUUAAUAUUUUUGACAUCUGUGUUCAUAAAUAUUUUGAAGUUAUUGUUUCAGGGAAAGUAUCUGUGCUGCAGUCCAAUAAAAAGAAAUGCAAAAUAAUAGUGAA